UCAACGGUGACGUCACAAAGGCCGGGUCGAAUGGAGCUGCGGGCUCUCCCUGGGCUCCCGGAAGAGGAGACGCGGUAUGCGUGUAGCGGGCCAGUGGCCGCGGUAUGUGUGUGCUAUGGAGGGUAAGAGAGUGGAGAUCCCAACCGGAGUGCUGGACGAUCUGUGCAGCCGAUUCAUUCUGCAUAUUCCAAGUGAAGAAAGGGACAAUGCGAUCAGAGUCUGCUUUCAGAUUGAGCUGGCCCAUUGGUUUUACUUGGACUUCUACUUGCAGAACACACCAGGAUUGCCUCAGUGCGGGAUAAGAGAUUUUGCCAAAUCUGUCUUUAGUCACUGUUCAUUUUUACUUCGGAAAGGAGAUGAUGUGGAAAAGAUUUUGGAUGAAUGGAAGGAGUACAAGAUGGGAGUUCCGACAUAUGGUGCAAUUAUACUAGAUGAAACACUGGAAAAUGUCCUUCUCGUUCAGGGUUAUUUGGCAAAAUCUGGAUGGGGCUUUCCAAAGGGUAAAGUGAACAAAGAGGAGGCUCCACAUGACUGUGCUGUGAGAGAGGUUCUGGAAGAAACAGGAUUUGACAUAAGAGAUCGCAUUUGUAAAGAUGACUACAUUGAACAAAGAAUCAAUGAUCAAUUAGCUCGAUUAUACAUAAUACCAGGUGUUCCAAAGGAUACAAAAUUUAACCCUAAAACAAGAAGAGAAAUCCGGAAUAUUGAAUGGUUUUCCAUCGAGAAGUUGCCAUCUCAUAGGAAUGACAUGACUCCCAAGUCAAAACUGGGUUUAGCACCCAAUAAGUUUUUCAUGGCUAUUCCAUUUAUAAGGCCAUUACGAGAUUGGAUAUCCAAAAACUAUGCAGAUUCUUCAGAUAGCGAUGGACUCGUAUCUAAUAGCACAACACCAUCUAAAACUUUAUUGGAAAGGAUAAAUGCAAGAUCAAGAGCUCGACAGAAUCAGCAAUUAGUUGAUAGAUUUACUGGAGAACAAUGGGCAUGCUCAGUUAGACACAGACCACAGCAGAAGGCAUUUAGUCAAACCAAUCAGUGUGACCCUUCGGAGACGAUAAAGAGUAAGUCACAUAAUGUCAGAGGUAAUGGCAGGAAACAGCACCAAGAUACUCCAAACCAGAAGAAGAAGCCCAAUGGAGUAAACAAUCAGCAGGCCAAACAAUACCAAAUAUUGAAAUCUGAUAAAAAGCUUCAGCCAAGACGACUGCAGGACAAUUUUGGAAUGGAUGCAGUUUGUGAACUUUGCAGCUCAAAUCAACUCAUGGAAUAUUCUGGGACUUGCAGAUCAGGUUCUGAUCUCUCUGAUUCCUGCAACGGACACUCUGAUUUUAAUUUUUCAUCCAACGCCUUUCUCAGCUUCAAGUUUGAUCGAGAUGCAAUAAUGAAAUGCUUUGACCUAUGACUGAAUGUUGGCCUUUGUGAAAGGACCAGAAGGUUGGAUGGAACACCAUUACAAGAUCAUUGAAAACUGGGCAUUCAUCGUUGGCGUGAAAGGGCCCUAAGGAUUUUAAGAAGUUUUUUUUAAUAUAAAUUAACAUGAUGUCAUGUUUAAAGCAAUUUAGCUUUUUUACACUAUUACCUUUUCAGUAUUUGGAAUUGGCCAUAGAUUUUCUUCAGGUGGUUAUUUCAGCAAUGCAGAACUGGAGAACAGAUAUUUGACUAAUCUUCUUUCCUUUGCUCACACUUCCCCCCCCCCCCCCCAUCUUCGAUCAUGCCCUUCCCCCUGCUUUAGUUUGGACUACUCUCUCUAUUGAAAGUGCAAGCACUGACAGAUGUCUGAUAUUUUUUGUGGGGAUUUAGAAAGACAGGAUUGUUGUGGAUUAUGUUAUUUAUGCAAUUUGAUGAAUCCCAAUUUUGGUGAUAUUCACACAUGGUCCAGAUGUUGGGUAUUUUUUUUGUUCCCAGAUGUUACUUUGUAGAGUUUCUAUUGCCCUAGUGGAUAUUUAGAAUGGUCUUCAUUGUUAAUGUAGUUACAUAGUGUUUGACCUUUUCAGGUUUACUGACUGUUUGUUUACUCCAGUUGUUCCCUGAUCCAGUAGUCCAGUAGCAUUAACUGAUUUUUCAAUUUAUUCAGCAACUUUUGGUGCUGUUUUAAGAAAGUUCCUCAUUUUUUUUUCAUACAUUAAUACUGUAGACAUUUGUCAUGAGAAUGGGACACUGACUACUGAUUUUAAAACACUGUCAGACCCAAUGUUGAGAAUAUAACCUCUUCCUCUCUGUCACUCAAAUUAUUAAAAAGGUCAAUUAAGUAGUGAAUUGAAACCUACUAUUUGGAAAAUGUUAUAAGAAAUAACUUGGUUUAUUAAAACCCAUUGAUUCAAGUGGCUAUCGUUAAUGUUUUUGAGUAAAAACACCUGUCUAGGUGUGAUAGUAAGAAUAUUGACAUUAUACCUUGACGAUAUAAACUGAUAUUCAUCAGCCUUGAUGACUAUUAGGCAAGAAUGUACCACAUGAAGUUAUCUAUCCAAAUUCAAUGUAGAAAUAAGCUGAGUGAGAUGAAGAACAUAAUUCUGAAAAAUGAUUUCAUUUUUUUUUAACCAGUUCAUCUAUUUUAUGGAGAUACAACCUUGACUGUUAUCCUAUUGCAGAAAAAAAACUCAAGCAACAUAACAUCAUGAUUUUAACUAAGUCAGUUGUAUAUUGUAAAACUAGUGUGUGUCACAAAUAGUUCAAUAUAAAGUACUUUUAUAUUUUAAGUUUUAAGAUUACUCAAUUUGUCAUGCAAGUAACCUGUAUGGCAUAGCAGUGUGUCUGAAUAGUACAGAAGUAACCAAAUAAAUUAUGAUGGUACACUGUUUAAUACAAUAUGUAUCCUUUUUGUUAGCAUUUAUAACUUUGUGAACACAGGAUUUUAAAACUUUGAUAGUAUUGCUGUAAUAAAGUAUACAUUUGUUUAUCCCAUUUUCAUCUAGUGGGAGAAUUUUGACAAAGGAUGUAGAUUUUGGGAUUGAGACUAUUUUUAGCUUUAAAAAAAAAAUAAAAUCUAUUUACAUAUAG